CCCUAAUCCGUCGUCCCCGCCCGCCCCCCCUCCUCCCUUUCCGUUCCGUCUCUGUGCAUAUUUCACUGCCGCGGCAGACGGACAUAAGGCGAGUGUAAUCGCAGAGGGAGGGAAGGGCAGACGGACUUAGGGAGAGAGGGAGAGAGAGGGAUGUCGUUCAUGCGGGGGGAUCUGCUGACGCGGAUGCGGAAGCUGGUGAAGGGCCUCGCCAGGCCCGCCCCUGCCUGGCUCAAAGCCAUGGAACAGGCGCCGCCUGUCACCUUCCCGCGGACCGACGGCAAGAUCAAGAGGAUCGAGCUGCCGGAGGACGUUUACAUCAAGCGCUUCUACAAGAAGCACCCCGAUUCCUUGUAUCACGACCCCGUCAAGAUAAGUGGGUUCGAUCCGCCUCCUUCGCGAGUUUUCGCUUGGCGUGUGUUGGAGCUGAAAGGGCAGGGAGUCAACGAAGAUGAAGCUAUGGCUGUAGCUGAUAUGGAAUAUCUCGCCGAGAAGAGAGCGAAGAAGAAGGCGUACAAAGAACUGAAGCAAAUCGCACGCCUCCAGGGGAAGAAGCCGCCUCCGAACCCAUACCCAAGCGCCAUCAAAGAAAUACAGGCGGAGGAGAAGAAGUUUGUCAGAGAUCGUUUCUUCAAUCCGAAGGUGCUCGAGAUUGUGGAAAAGAUGAAAGAAGAGAAAGCUGCCAGGAUGCUAGAGCAACAGCGAGAAGCCGGCGGUGGUGGUCCGCCACGUAGUCGAGCUUGGUGAAUUCAAUCGUCUGGUAUUUGAACCGAACUGUUCUUUAAAUGCCUGAAAAUUUGAAUGAAAAUCAUGAGAUAUUUUCUAUGUUAUAUUUUUGCAAUAAAAGAAAUGUUGUUGCAUAGGGGAGUUCUUAUAUUAUUGUUUUCUAUUUAAACUUGGCAUGUACAAUGUAGCAUUCCAAUCUUCUUGUAUUAGUAAGCUAUGCGCAUGUCUAUCUAUGAAGCAUCGGAAUCAAUGACGUACAUGUUUGCCGCAAUAUUGAUAUAACAAACGAGACAAAUUUUAAA